AUGCUAUGCUAAAAGACUUCAAAAGCAUUGACGCCGUUCACGGGCAUGUCAUUCUCUGCCCCGAGACACAGCAGAAGGAUAUUCGUAGCAGGGUUAUUUUACAUACAGAUAUUAUUUUAAAACCUUCAUAUAGCAGCAUACGAAACAUAGGUAGUUUAUCAUGGUCAGAUACCUGAAUAAAGCUUGCUUCGCUGUGGCGGUAGUCGUAGUGGCUUCAACUUCUGCUGUACAAAUAACUGAUCAAGAUCACUUGAUUGUAACCAGAGAUACAAAAUGUAUCACAGCUCUGGGUAGCAACCAAGUGAGAUUAGAACCCUGCUCAGGUGCCGAUUCUCAGGUAUGGAGGGAAUCAGUUGGGUUUUUUCAAAGUCAAUAUAACGGAGAAUGUCUCACGGCCAACAAAGACACUGGAGCAGUAACUUCACAGACUUGCGGUCAACCUGAACAUGUAGCUCAUCAAGGGUUUGAGGAUUGGAAACAACUUAUAGUGAAUGAUGGUCAGAGUUGCUUAGGCUCUGAAGAUGGUAGCACUCUUAAUUUGUAUCCAGCUUCGGAAGUUUCUUGGUGUCAGUUCGCACCUGGGGGUGUGGGCGCUUAUAACGAGAAAAUACACGCGAUGGCGUUUAAAGAUCUCUCUUUUACGAAAGGCAGUUGGCAGCUGGAGGCUACGUCUGCUUGCUCUGUGACAUGUGGUGACGGUGUAGAACAGGUGCAUGCAGUGUGCAAAGGCGGUUCUAUGAAAAAUAGUUACUGCAGUGAUCAACGACCGCAAACAACUGAGCGCCAGUGCAAUGCUGGUGCAUGCGCUAGAAGCCAGGGAGUGUGGACUGAUUGGGGUGUAUGUAGCGCAUCAUCAUGCGAGGAGCAAGGGUUUAAGGGGCGAGUGUGUCAGGGCGGCGACUGUCUUGGGAAUGACAUUGAACCUUGCCAGAUGGAAGGGUGCUCCGUACCUGAAGCUCGUACUGAAGUAUUGGUGACACAAAACCAGCCUGAUCAGAUGAGAGUCCAGAACGAUGGGACAAAGUGGACCGCGUGGUCAAAGUGUAGCAAUGAUUGUGGGGAGGGCACGCGCACUUCUUAUUGCGUAAGUGGGCCGUGUACUACAUUUGAAGAGCAUGAGGAUUGUUAUGACAGCUCCGGGUCGAAUUGCGAGUAUGUGCACGUCGAGAGUGUAGACGGUCGGUGGUCACCAUGGUCGGAGUGCUCUGUGACGUGCGGGACUGGUUCUAGGACCCGUGAAUGUCUAGGUCGCCAGGGUCACGGUGCAGACUGUGACACUUUCGAUGCGGGCACUACCAUCACCUGUGUGACCAAUGUUGCCUGUACCCAAGCUGCGUCCGCGGGUCAGGUUGUCGAGCAGGGCCGUACUGAAGUACUCAGCUCAGAAACGGUUCAGCAUCCUGCCUACGAUCCCAACCCCGCUGAUAGUCUAAGUGACCAACUGGCGGUUAGCCGACAGCAAGUGACUACCACUGAUGGAACUGCUGUCGCGAAUGCAGCGGUUAAUCAACAGGUUAGCAAUCAGCUUGUCACAGAUACUAUGGCUGGAGGAAUGGCCUCUAGUGGCGGUGGCCAGUCUGUGAAGUCCCAGGGCGAAACUGAGAGUUUUGGACAGGAAGCAGUAGGUGGAGAGGGAACCACCGGCAGCACUACUAGCGGAAUUACUGGUUCUUAUUCUGGUGGAACAACUUAUCAGGUACCGACUACUCAAACCUACACCACCACCGAUACCUCUGGCCUUACGAGUGGUUUCUCUUCAGGCACUACCACUGAUACAAGUGGUCUUACCAGUUUCACGUCUAGUACUAACCCUUUUGCCAGACGUUCUACCGAUAAGGACGGUUACAAGACCGUGCCUGUGGAAGUAUCAGAGAACGACACCCCUGAGAUGUUGAGAUUGAAAAUUGCGCUCGCCUUCCACGAAGCUGAGCUCGCGGAUGAGAAGGCCGCCACAGAGGUCGAGAAGAAGCAGGAGGCUCAUGAGCUUGCGGAGAAAAAGGCGAAACAAAUGUUUAUUGAGAGACUAAGCUUCGCGGUAGGCCACUACAUAGGUAUGAAAGAUCACAAGAGCUCCAAGGAUACUAAGUAUUACUACUUGGCCAUGUUUAUUGUAACCGGUUUCUUCCUUGCCGCAAUUCUGGGUGUUGCGACCGUUUUCCUCGGAGCCUGGUACUACAUAAUUUGUCAGCGAGAUGAGCGAAUGCGAAAGGUGAAUGCCGCUGCGAGUGCGUAUGAUAUGCAUUCGAACGUGUAUCUGAAUAAGCAUAGUACGAUGAACGUACCUGAGCAAGCAGGGAAGGACAACGAGGUGACAGAAAAACUAUCUGGAGCCUCGGUUGGAAGCGAAAGUGACCCAGAGGAUUUGGUUUAAUAAGUAGUUUGGACUGUCCGCCACACUACGCGUCAGACCGCGAGUGUGCGAGACAAACGUCUAGCAAUGUACAUUAUUUAAAAUAUUAAAGAUUGAUACGUAAGGGUAGUCAUGCCCUGUGAAAGCAAAAUAUUUAUACCCAGGUAGUCCUAUGCCCUGUGAAAGCGGUAUAUUUUGUUGGGG